CGGGACUGUAUAUGUGUCUCAUCGGACAGAAACAGCCCAGACAAUAAUGCUGAGAAAAGGAAAUUUUUUGCAGGCCUGGAACUGCACAGCCACCUUUUCAAAAAGCCACAUUUUGCAGGGCCAAGGCGAAAGCAGGAUCAUUCUUCUUAUUUAAUAUUUAUUCGAACUUGGCCAGCUGCCAUCACCAACCAAAAAAAUCUCAAAACACUUGCCCUUGGAAGAGAGGAGAUAUCCUUGCUGCUGCACGGAAAAUGCCAUGAUGAACGGGCAAAUAUGGAAUCCAUACAUAGCUUGGGGACCUAGUAUAUCGUUCGUUGGUCUACUCCGGCAUGCGGUACAAAUCCAGUCGUUUUGCCAUUGUCGCCAUCGAAUACUUUGAAGGAGUUUUUGUUCGAUGAUGACCUAUUCAAAGCCUGGCCCGUUGUCUGUGCAAAAAGAGGAUUUCCACAAAAAGCAGCAAAUCUCGUAUUCAGCCUUCAAGGUUUUUCCCCCUCAUUUGCAGCAGCAGCAGGUGAGGGGCAUGAUGCUUCGGAGAGCUUAUUAUUAUUAUUGUUAUUAUUUCGCGUCGAAAAGCAGACUUGCUAGUUAGUUACAAAAAUCGAAAUGGCUCGCUCACGCGCAAUGACAUCAAUAAUAUUCGAAAGGGAAAAAAAAGAAAAGACAAGUGGAGAAUGAAUGGAAAUAGUUAUUGGAUUGUCAGUCAAUCUUCGGGGCCUUCUGAAUAAUGAUAAGUGCCCGUCGUUGUCCUGUCCAUCCACCUGGGCAAACUUGACCGCCAAUAUAAAUCCCCCCGCUGUUACUAUGUAACUACAGUACAGUACAGUACAGAUAUGUCAAUCUGUCACAGCCCUCCAGCCGCCCUGCACGUUCCCAACCAAGCUCUUAGCAUGGGUUCUGGCGGUUCUGUAUGUCUAUCAUCAUAUGCACUUUAGCGCUCAUUCGUCAGCUAUUCAUGUCUUCACCCAAUCUACGGAGCAUAUCGAAUGAACCUCCGGUUGAUCCAACCAUCUCAUUGCCUAGCCGCUGGGGCCUAAGACGGUUCUAAAAUGGCUUUUGGGCCAGAAAGAACUAUUCGGCUGGCGAUCUUGCGACUCGCUGCAUAUAUUUAGCUCUCUUCGCUCCCCUCCCCCCCCUCUUGUCCUCAAGAAUGGUUUUCAUUUUUUUUUCUUUUUCUUUUAUCAGCGCAUAAGAUUCGCCCUUGUACUCCCUCUUUCUAUUGAUUUAUAGUUAUUUUUUGCUGUGUUUUAUUUAAUAUUUAUCCAUUUCGUUCUUAUAAAGAAUUUAUUUAGUAUUGUUUCCCUUGCAUAAGUCGCAUCCAUUCUCUUUUUACCCCGCUUCAUCGAGCAUCCUGGGUUGAUCAUCGUCGAGAAUGGCACACCAACCCUCCCAAGGGCAACAACUUCCACAGGGAGGAUACUAUCCCCCUCCGAACCAGCUACAAGCAUACCCACCUCCUCCAGGCCAGGGCGGCUAUGCACCCGCGCCCCCGAACUACAACUACCCACCCCCAGGAGGCCAACCUAGCCCAUUAGCGUACCCUCCCCCUCCAACCGGAGGUCAAACCUCUCCACCCCCACCGCAAGCUUCACCUCUCCCCGAAAAGUCACCGCUUGGACCUGGCGGAGCCCCACCCCAGGGUCAAUUUGCGGGCGUGCAGUCUACAUCCGCGGAUGAUGUCGGCACAUUCAAUGGCGGUAGCUACCGGAUUAGCCACCGAGAUUCGAACACCAUCCUGACUCUCCAGUUGGCAAUGGGAUGUCCACUCAGCGCUAAGCCAGGCGCCAUGAUUGCCAUGUCUCCCACCAUGACUCUCAAAGGAUCCGUCAAGUUCUCGAUGAAGAAGCUCAUUGCCGGUGGAGAAAUGUCGACUUCGACCUACACGGGCCCCGGAGAGCUUCUGCUCGCGCCGACAUUGCUUGGUGACAUCACCGUCCUGCGCCUCAACGGCCAUGACACAUGGUCUGUUGGCAAAGAUGCGUUCUUAGCCGCUACCCAAGGCGUGGUCAAGGACUACAAGAACCAGGGUCUAAGCAAAGCGCUCUUCUCUGGCGAGGGAUUGUUUGUGUACAAAAUGUCUGGCAACGGCCUGUUGUUCAUGCAGAGUUUUGGUGCGAUUAUCAAGAAAGAUCUUGCGGAUGGCGAAAAAUACAACGUCGACAACGGCCACCUCGUCGCCUGGAACUGCAAGUAUGUCAUGGAGCGGAUCGCUUCAGGGGGCAUCAUCUCAGGUAUGAGCGCCGGUGAAGGGUUGGUUUGCAAAUUCACGGGCCCCGGAACUGUAUACUUGCAGACGAGGAAUCCGUCGGCCUUUGCAAUGUGGGUUACGGCGAACGCAACCGGAGCUGGAGCGUAGUGGAUGCAAUUGAACGAAAGAAGGGGGGGGGGAGGGUUAAUGUUUUAUCGAUGGACUUUUGAGAUGAUAUAUAAUAAUGAUUGCGAUUCUUCCCUCUCUGUUUCUGUUCUACGUGUGUUGUUGGCAUUUGUGUAUUUGGUUUCGUUUGGAAAAACGCAAAACUUGAUCUCGCCCUCUUUUUUUUCCCCCUUCAUGCUCAGCACUGUGAUUCCCCGAUAUUUUUCCCCUCUAUUUUUGCGGUACUCGCUGCUUUGGGCAUUUGUUUGACUGUAGGACCUCAUUUUGGACUCCUUCCCUCCCCCCCUUGUUGUUGCUUAAAACAACCUUGGAAUACAAUCCAUUGCCUUCUUUCAGACCCAAGUUCAGAUAAUUCUGAUUACCCUUUUCACCUACCCGAGAGAAUUUUCCAAUACACCUAUCAAACUUCUAUGGAUACCUGCGAGAAUCGACAUUUACGUUACGAAUCACCGAACUAUUUAUUGUGCCGUGCCAUGUCGUAGCCCCAUCCAUGCUCACGGAUCCUUUCACCUUUCAUAUCCCCACCUCGCCCUCCUCUCUCUCCCUCCUUUCAUCAACAUUCGGCACACGAAUUAGUUAGAAGGAAAGCUCACCUCAUCUCAUCGACGAAUCAGCUGACGGUGGAAGGACAGUGUAGGUGUCAGUUUCCAGCUUAAGCCGCUGCAGCUGUUAGGAGGUCGUUUGAUGGGAUGAGACGACGUGGUGAUGUUCAUACCCUUGUUCAGACGACGAUGAGGAUAUAUGAAUGGUAUACUAGUAGCACGGCGUUCUACCCGAGACCGAGACCACAGAGAAGGGGAAGGACGGGUUUGUCGCUAUGCGGUCUAGGUCCAUGAAUGAAGAAGGGCUGGCGCAUUGUGAAAUUCAUUUCUUUUCCAUUUAUUGUCGAAGCUUUCUAUCUAGAGUCCACCCUAGAUUCGUACCUCGACAACUCCGUUGCGCGUUAAAAUCUGGAAAAAAAUUGCUGAAAACACUGAAACCCCUCCGUGAUAUCGCUACCAGUGUACUCGUUCAUAAUAGUAGAGGCCAAAGAUCAUACUGGGAAUGGCCAGUCUCCGGACCUGAGUCUCAAUCAACGGAUUAAAUAAUAAUUAAGAAAAUGACAGCAGGGGACGGUGGGGCAAGAAGAGUACACGGAAAGGCAUUGCAUCAUCCAUCCCCCCCCCCUCCCCCC